CUAAAAAAUAAUUUCAUGUCAUGUUUAAGAUUUUACAUACGUGGAAACUUUGCCACGCUUUGCUUAACUUCGAGGUGUUUGUGAGGCUCAUUUUAACUAGACUUCGACUUCUUUAUCGGGAGAAAUAAAACGACGAAUCGGGUGGACGUUCUGCAUUCUACCAGCGUACUAAAUAUUUACGACAACAAUCCUCAAAUUUUAGGAAGAGUUUUUGUUCAAAAUUUAAAGUAUUCGCUCGUUCUGUUGUUUAUAUAGGGUCGUCAACGACUCAGUAGAUAUUUUCAUGGUGUAAAACGAAGUCCUUGGGUGAAAUUUGAUGAGAAAUCACGUUGAAUUCAAGAGAUUAAAGUCUUUACAGCAGCGCAUUAUUGAUCCAGAAAUACAGCAGUAUGAGUGAAACCAGCCCAAUUCCAAGUUCAGCUCCAAUCAGCUCAGUUGAUCAAUCAACUACAAAUUCCACAGCUACGGAAGUGUCUUCGGGCUCAAAGAGACUCCACGUUACAAAUUUACCAUUUAGGAUACGAGAUAACGAUCUUCACGACAUGUUUGGGAAAUAUGGUGAAAUUUUCGAAGCCGAGAUAAUUUAUAAUGAGCGAGGAUCCAAGGGUUUUGGAUUUGUGACCAUGGUUAAUGUUGCCGAUGCAAUGAAGGCCAGAGAAAAUCUCAAUGGUACUAUCAUAGAUGGAAGAAAGAUAGAGGUUAACAAUGCUACGCCAAGGCCAAAACGUGGCCCCAUGGUGGGUCAGUCCAAUCGAGGGAAUUUUCAUGGAGGAAACAAUAGAGGUAUGAGAGGAGGUCGACGGGGUCGUGGUGGAAUGCAUGGUGGAUAUCAAAAUCAUAGUUUCUAUCAAGGAUAUGGCAUGAAUCAGGGUUACAAUCCACCUCCACAUGGCCAGGAUGCUUUUCACCAUCUUUCUCUCUCAUCAUUCAGCAAUUAUGGUCAGCAUGGACCUCAGCCAUCAUAUGGAGGGGGAUAUGGUGCAGGAUAUGGGGCUAAUUUUGGAGGACAAGGUGCAACUCCAUACAACAGUGGAUAUGGUGCUGGGUAUCCUACGAAUUUUCAACCACAAGCUCCCCAACAAAGUCAUACUCAAGGCUAUCGUUAUCAGCCAUAUUGAACAUUACUAUGUUUGAAAUAGAAGGAAACAUAUAGGAUGAUGUAGGUAAACAGGUGUGAAGCUUGUGGAUAUUGAUGGAUAGAACAAACAUUGAGGAACAGAUGGAAGUAUAUAAUAUUGCAGCUUUACAACAAAAAUAAUAUAACAUUCAUGUAGAACAAGAAAGCUGGCCAUUAUUUACUACAUUUUUACAAUUUUGAA